UAGGCCAAUACGGUGUCGGAGCGGCGCCUAUUAGGGUCGUCCGCUGCGUCACAACUGGCGCCUCUUCCAGGAUUCAUUCAUUAGUUUUCUUGUGUUUUUUUCCCCCCCUCCAUUCACGAGGGUAGUAAGGCCUGGUUGGAAGCCAUGGAGAGCGCUCUCCCUGCGGCCGGCUUCCUGUACUGGGUGGGCGCGGGCACCGUGGCCUACCUAGCCCUACGCAUCUCGUACUCGCUCUUCACGGCCUUUCAGAUCUGGGGUCUGGGUCACGAGCCUAGGGUUGGACCGGGGCUCGGUGAAUGGGCAGUUGUCACAGGGAGUACUGAUGGAAUUGGAAAAUCAUAUGCAGAAGAGUUGGCGAGGUGUGGAAUGAAGGUUGUCCUUAUCAGCAGGUCGCAGGAUAAACUGAACCAGGUUUCCAGUGAAAUAAGAGAAAAAUUCAAAGUGGAAACAAAGACCAUUGCUGCUGACUUUGCAUCCGAAGAUAUAUAUGAUAAAAUUAAAACAGGCUUGGCAGGCCUUAAAAUUGGUGUUUUAGUGAACAAUGUGGGAGUAGCAUAUGAGUAUCCUGAAUUCUUUUUGGACAUUCCUGACUUGGACAACACCAUCAAGAAAAUAAUAACUGUUAACAUUCUUUCUGUUUGUAAGAUGACACGCUUAGUGCUGCCUGGCAUGGUAGAAAGAUCUAAAGGCGUGAUUCUGAACAUCUCCUCCGCCAGUGGCAUGUAUCCGGUUCCACUGCUGACCAUCUACUCUGCAACCAAGGCUUUUGUAGAUUUCUUCUCUCAGUGCAUCCAUGAGGAAUAUAAGAGCAAGGGCAUCUUUGUGCAGAGUGUCCUGCCCUUCUUUGUUGCUACGAAACUGGCUAAAAUCCGGAAAACAUCUCUGACCAUACCCUCUUCAGAGGCAUAUGUGAAGUCGGCGUUGAAAACAGUGGGGUUGACAACCCGAACCAAUGGAUACCCGAUCCAUUCUCUUAUGGCUGUAUUUGCCUCCAUGGUGCCUUCUUGGUUAUAUAUGAAAAUGGGCAUGCGUAUGGGCAUGUCCACGCGGGCUCACUAUCUGAAGAAAGUCAAGAAGAACUAAGCGUUGAUAACUGCUCUGUGUAGCUCAGCCAGAUGCUCCGGCCUCCACAUGCUCCCCGCAGGCCACCCACCCAGCUCCCAAAUCGUCAGUCAUUUUAAUAGUUACUCAUAAGGCUGAAUGAGGCCAUAAUCAGGAGCUCCUGACAUAUAUUCUGGGUGCUACCAGCAGCAGUUAUUGUGUAGUUUAAUAUAAAUGCUCAUAUCAAUUGGAUAUAGAACUAAUAUUAACAAGAAUAACUUAAUGAGAAGGUGCACAAGUUUAGCAAAUCACAGAAGGCUAGAGUCGGGCGUAAGGCCCAGCAGAUUCAUCUGGCCCAAAAUGCCAAUGAUGACUCUUUAUCUUCUUUGAAACAUACUUUAAGAAGUCACAGCCAGCUAUUCGUUCUUGUUUUUAACAGUUUGAGGGCCUGGAGAUGAAUGUAUUUACACUGGGAGGACACACUGCAGUUUGCAGAGUUCCUUUGUAAGCUUUUCUAAAGGCCUGUCCCUGUUUGUAUAUGUUUAUAUGGAACUAUUCUUUUUCCAAAUAGUUAAUGACAAAAUUAAUUUGGAAGGUUUUUUUUUUUUUAAACACGUGAAGACUAUAAAAAUAUGCUUUCUUUUAAUACAUAUUUCUUCUCAGUUUAAAUGUAUGUAGCUACUUUAAGGUGUAUGGUAUGAUUUAUAAAAGGGGCCAAAAUGUUACUGAGCCAAACAGCCACCUGUGGUGCCACUAAAACCCUGCCCAGGAAAGUGGCCUGGUGGACCCAGUGGCCUGGUGUCUAUGCUUCAAUAAUACUGCUUACAUAAGUGACAGAGGCUAUUCCUAGAACAGCGUGACAUCAGAGAAGUGGCCUUACACUUUGAGAUUAGUACCCUCUAUAUACUGAUAUAACGGUCUUGAUGAAAGGUGAUGGAACCGUGGUGUUGAUUAAAAAUAUACUUCUUUAGUGCUUGAAAUUAAGGCCAUUGUUACAAUGGCUUAAUAUAAAUUAAGGCUCACUUUUAUCCUGCUACAUAACUUGUUUGGGGAAAUCGCUAAGCAAUAAUUCUAAGUUGUGAGACAUGUUAUCUGAAAGGUAGACUUUUUCCUAGGCUGAGGUUCCCAGGCUAAGUUUUAAGCACCAAUAAAUUAGCACAAAACAUUUUUAAUUGGGGUAUUUAAGUGUUUCUAAAUUUUAAUAGCCAAUAAAAACAGAAAACCAAAUUACCAUCGUUAUAUAAAAGACAUUUAAUAGCAUAUAAAAAGUGGAAAGAACAAUAUCUCAGAAUGAGGAAUUCUCAUUUAAAUGGAAUAAAGUUUCUUUGAAAAACA